AUGAACGAAGCUGUGUACGACCGCGUACGUGAACGAGUCAAAGAAUACAACCUAAGCGAACAAGAAAUCAAGGCAAUUGACACUGCCCGACAGCAACUGAACACUCACACCAGUUUGGGUGGUAUGACGGGUGGCCUUGUGGCCUACUUCCUCGGUAAACGAAAACAAUUUAAACCAUUGCAAGUUUUUGCUGUUGCUGCUGGUGGUUUCCUAAUUGGUUCCCAAAUGGGUCUUGUUUCUGGUUCUUUGGCCGGUGUAAAGACAAUCAAACAAUUGCCGGAUCCACAACGUCUUGUAAACCUUGUGCGCGACGUACAAAAGGAAAUGAUACAAACGCGAGGCCAUCCAUUACCUCGUGGACCAACACCGCCUCCAGGAGCAGGUGCACCAGGACCUCAUGGACAACAACAAAUGUCAUCUAAUGCUACGGGUGAUGAGUUCUCCAUGGAUGACUAUAAUGAUUAUGCAAAGCUCGAGAGUGGGUUUGAAAACGACCAAGCAUUGCCACCUCAACAUCCACAGCAAAAACAGCGAGAACCAUCGACAUCGGACAGUUGGACCAACUUACAGCAUGAAAAGGCUUCUUCGCGUCACCAAGAAAGUGCUUGGGAUAAAAUUCGUACUCAAAAUGCACCAGACAGCGCUUGGGCUAAAUUACGCGGGGAAGCACAAAAGGAUCCAGACGCAUUGAAUCAACGCAAAAUUGCACAAGCACGUGACCAAGUCGCAAAGUCGUUACAACAACGAAGUCAGGAUGCUUCAGAAGAAUUGCCUCGAACGCGUGAAGAGACAGAACAUCGUGGCGGAUCUAUGCGACGAAAUCAGUGGGGCGAUCCGAUCGAGUAG